CUAGGGAUGCAGCACCGUACCGAGUGUUCAUCGAAAUAAUCGACAGUACGCAACGCAUCAACAAAUUUUCUGUAGGAUCAAUGUUGCGAAAAAUCGAAAAGUACCGAAACCAGAUCACGGAGUUAAAGUAUCUCGGACGAAACAAAAUUAUUGUGUUUUUUAACUCAUGGGUCAAAGCAAAUCUUUUGGUCGGCGAAGCUACACUUCCGGAAAAAGGCUACAAGGCAUAUGUUCCCCGACACCUCGUCUGUAUCACAGGAGUGAUUGGUGGAAUACCGACGGAUAUCGAAAUGGAGGACAUCCAACAGGAUUAUGAGUGCGCUUUUCCAAUUGUGAAUCUGUACAGGCUAAACAGAUGGGACAGAGAGAAAGGGAGAAAGGUUGCCUCAAAUCGAGUGAGUGUAACUUUCAGAGCUAGCAAUUUGCCGGAAAAAAUGAAGGUGUUUGGAACGUCAGUAAAAGUUCAACCAUACGUUCGAAAGUUUGUUUUCUGCGAUAAUUGUCAUCGCUUUGGACACCGAGAGGAAAGCUGCAGAUCAAGGAAGCGGUGUGGAACAUGUUCGCGCAUACACGAGGAUAGUGAAGAGCAGUGUGUGAAUGAGGUGAAGUGCUUACAUUGUCGAAAAUCGGAUCACCGAACAACGGAUUCGAAAUGCCCGGCGCGGCAGAGGGAGAUAAGCAUCAAAACAAUUAUGUCUAAGAAGAACUUAACAUACGUGGAAGCUAGAGAGCUGGUGGCUCCGAUCGAAAUGCAAAAUAAGUACGAUGUCUUGGCUAACAUUUCAGAAUUUCCAACGCUACCAAACACGUUCGCGAAAAUGACCGCUGGAAAAUACUCCAUCCGAAAUAACCAGCAAUCCCAGCAGAGGAACUACAACGUCAACAACAAACAGGAUGAAGCAACGUCAGGUAGUCUCAAGAAAGCGGCUAACGAAUCAACUGUAGCAGCAAAAAAAAUGAAACUCGACAAUGAACGACAGCAGCACAUCAGAGAUCGCAAUGCGGAUUCAACAUCACAAGGAGCUGGUCUGAACAAUCCUAUCGCCGUGAGCGAAAAGGAAAAAUGGGACCACAUCAUCAAGAAAGCAAAUGCUGACGCACUGGAAACAGCUAAUCGCAACGUCCGGGGCGAACUCGCGAACUUCUACACGGCUUUGCUUCAAUGCACCGGGGUCACGGAGGAACUACAGGAAAAAAUUAAAGAAUGUUCUAAGAAAUUUCUAAAUCUAGAUAGUAUCAUAGUAUAA